UAAUAAGAUAGGCCAAUGUUUUUCUUUAAAUAAGCUCUAUCUUCAAUCCAACCUGUUCCAAGGAACCAUUCCGAAUAUGGGACAGUUGAAAGGUAUUCAGUACUUAGAUCUUUCGAGUAACAAGUUAAGUGGUCCGAUACCUCAGGAUUUGGUAAAGUUGCAUUCUUUACUUAAUCUGAACCUGUCGUUCAACAAUCUUGAAGGCGACGUUCCCUUAGAUGGUGUGUUCAAGAACGGAAGCGCAGUUGAAGUGAAAGGAAACAAUCUUUGUGGAGGAAUUCCACAGAUGCAUUUACAUCCAUGCCUAGUAAAGAACAAAGGGAAACCAAGAAAGAAAGAUGCUGCACUUAAGGUCACGCUAGCAGUUGUCCUUGCAUUUUCUUUCUUGGUUCUGGUGUUGUCCGCAUUAGCCUUUACGUACCUGAAGAAAAAGAAGAAGAAAAACUCAAGAACAGAACUUCCUCCAAUGCCAUCACCAGAGGAUAUCCACUUCCACCCAAAAGUAACAUACAAGGAACUUCAUGAUGCAACCAGUGGAUUCUCAUCACAGAGUUUGAUUGGGACCGGUAACUUUGGAAGAGUGUACGAAGGAGCUAUUCCGUCAAGUGAAGUAGCUAUUGCAGUUAAGGUUCUUAAUCUCCAGCAGAAAGGAGCUUCCAAAAGCUUCCUAGCUGAAUGCCAAGCCUUAAGGAACAUUCGCCACAGGAACCUCGUGAAGGUUCUAAGUGUAUGCUCAAGUUCUGAUUUCCAAGGAAACGAUUUCAAGGCUCUUAUAUACCAAUUUAUGCCAAAUGGGAGCUUGGAUAAGUGGCUGCAUCCUCAAGUAGGACAAGGUGGAUCCUCAAGUUUAAACAUUCUUCAAAGAAUAAACGUCUUAGUAGAUGUUGCUUGUGCAUUGCAUUAUCUUCACUACCAGUGCCCAACGCCGAUAAUUCAUUGUGAUCUAAAGCCUAGCAAUGUCCUUCUUGACAAUGAUCUAACAGCUCAUGUUAGUGAUUUUGGCUUAGCAAGGUUGCUUGUAAAGUCCAACAGGGAAACUAAUGCCAAUCAUUUCAGCUCCCUAGUGGUUAAAGGAACCAUUGGAUAUACACCUCCAGAAUAUGGCAUGGGAGGUGCUGCAUCAACCUGGGGAGAUGUCUACAGCUAUGGUAUUCUCUUGUUGGAGUUGUUCACUGGAAAAAGUCCCCUCGAUAUAACAUUUCAAGAUGAUUUAAACAUUCACAACUUUGUCAAACGUUCAUUACCAAAUCGCGUGCUAGAGAUUGUUGAUCAAUCAGGUUUGGAAGAAGCAGCAUACCAGGGAGAAUUCAAGACUGAAUGGAUUGAAUCUUUGGUUUCUAUUCUUCAAACUGGAGUAACAUGUUCAGCAGAACAUCCACAAGACAGAAUGAAUAUGAGACAGGUUCUUGAUAGGCUUUAUUCAAUAAGAGACAGGUAUCUUGGACACCAAAAUUCACAAUUAAGAAUAAGUGUUGUCAAAGGCGCACUUAAGCCUUGAAGUGUGGCACAAAACGUGUUGAGCGCUUCGUCUCGCUUAAUGUGCACUUUAGUGCCGUCAUCUAGGGAUGAAGACAUACUUUUCCUUGCAAAUGAGCCUUUUUUGAAGAGGCAGACACUAAACAAUAGCUA